AUGGAUCCGAAGCGUUCAGUCGUUGUCCGGUGGUGGAUGUUCUCAGUGUUUCUGGGAUUGUGGAUCACCGUGUCACUGGUUUCGUCUGAGGCCACAUCAAACUGUGCUGGAACGUACGCGAGUGAUGUCCGCUGUGGCUUACCGAUACUGCAGGCAGCGGGAGGCCUCCCCAGGCACCCGUCGGAAGCGAUCCGUGGCGAGUUCCCGUGGCAUGUGGCCAUCUAUCAGUUCGACUCGGCCGUACCCGUGUACGACUGCGGGGGUUCCCUGAUCAGCGAUCGCUUCGUCCUGACCGCGGCUCACUGUGCCGUCAACGAGAACAACGGGUACCCGCUGAGUGGCGAGAAGUUCCAGCUAAUGCUCGGUUAUCACGACCUCGGCGAGCGUCAAGACGAGGGCUGCAGCGAACGGGUUGGUGUUCGGAAGGUACACGUCCACCCCGAGUUCCGUUCCGGGACCUAUCGGCACGACAUUGCACUGUUGGAGCUAGACCGCCCGGUCCGGUUUACCGACCGGGUCCUGCCCGUGUGUCUUGAUGCGUCCGAGGACGAUCCGCCCGAGUUCUAUCGCACGAUGGGGAAGGUCCCCGGCUGGGGUUACACCGAGUUCGACGAGGUGUCCAGUUGGCUCCGCAUGACGGAGGUACCGGUCGUCAACUACACCCGCUGUCUGUCCAGCAAUCCGGCGGUGUUUGCCAACACGAUGUACGAUGGCAUGUUUUGCGGUGGGUACGCCAACGGGACGAACGUCUGCAACGGGGACUCGGGUGGCGGCUUCGUCGCGUACCGUCAGGGCCGCUGGGAACUGCAAGGGAUCGUGUCCUUCACGGCCCUGCGCGAUGAGCACACGGCAAUCUGUGACACCCAGCAGUACUCGGCCUACGUGAAGGUACGCCACUACCGUGCGUGGAUUGCGACCGUUUGUAACACUUCGUUCGAGGGGCCUCGAAGGAGCGAAAAGCUAAGCCUGCCCCCGAGCGACACCCCGGCCGAUGAGGAGCGUCCGGCCUGUGGCCAACGAAAGAUCAACAAGAUGCCGCUCAUCGUGAACGGAGUGCGGAGUUUGGCCGGUGAAUGGCCCUGGCAUGCGGCCAUCUUCCAACUAUCAAAACGCUCGCGUGAAUACGUCUGCGGAGGAACGCUGAUCAGCGAGAACCACAUUGUGACGGCCGCUCGGUGCGUGAAGGAUUGGCAUCCCCGGAAGCGUCCGUACCUGGUCCAACUCGGGCAGCACCAGCUGUGGGAAGCUGCGACCACCACACGGGAGGUUCGCGUGAUAUCGGUGGAAACGAGUGACGACAGUCAGAUGGCGCUUCUACGGCUCGAAGCGGACGUUCAAUACGACGAUUACAUUCAACCGAUCUGCCUUCCGGAAGAGAACGAAACGUCCGACAGGGAGCCGGUCAGUCGCACUGGAUUCAUUGCCGGCUACGGACGAACGGAUCCCGAUAACCACGAUUUGUCUCCGGUUCUACAAGCAACCACGAUGCCCAUCGUCGACGGUGGCCUGUGUGUGGUGUAUCGGAUCUUCGACAAGCGCUCCGCGGACAAGAUGCUCUGUGCGGGUCAUGGAAAUGGUACGAACGCUUGUCUGGGCGAUGAGGGCGGAGGAUUCUAUCAAGCAACCGAGUCAGGAACCUGGACCGUUGCGGGCGUCAUUAGUAAGAUCAACAUCUACCGGAAUCGGUGCGACACCCACGGGUACGUCGGAGUGCUCGAUGUGCUCCACUAUCUCGCCUGGAUACUGGAACGUCUGGAGCAUACCCUCACCGCUUUGGUCGACAUUGGAAUGCCCGGAGGCGGCCAAGACAAAGGACAGUGUAAAGGUUGCGGACGGAAGAACCAUCGGCGGCAUCGCCCUCACCACCGGCGAAAAGGUUCCGACGAGGACCGAUCGGGUGAAGACAGCGACGAAAGCCGCGAACGAUCGGUCGUUCAGUCCGUGAAAAACGUGAUGCAUGCCAAGGUGGAUCUGGUAAAGGAUAUCCAUGGUGUGGCCAGUUCUUCGAUUAAGAAAAUUUUCGGCUAA